AGCAGCUCUUCAGUAGGACAAAUCAAACAUGUCUACCUUUGCCUUCCUUCUCAUUUGCGUGCAGGCUUGCCUUAUCCACAAUGCGUACAGCGCGUGCCUUGGCGCUGGCUAUUACGGUGCCGGUCUUGGCUACGGCUACGGCGGCCUUGGCUACGGAGGAUGCGGACUAGGCGACAUCGGUUACGCCGGUCUUGGUUAUGAUGGAUUCGGAUAUGGCGGACUUGGUUACGGCGGCCUUGGUUACGGCGGCUUGGGCUACGGCUAUGACGGCAUCGGAGCUGGUUACGGCGGUGCUGGCGUCGGCAACGUGGCCGUCGCCGGUGAACUGCCCGUGGCUGGUACCACCGCCGUCGCCGGACAGGUGCCCAUCAUCGGCGCCGUAGAGUUCGGCGGUACCGCGGCUGCUGCUGGUGCUGUCUCUAUCGCGGGACGUUGCGGCUGCGGCUGUGGUGGACCCUACCUUUACUGAUCAUUGCAGAAACUGGGCAAACGAAUAAAUCAAACAAAACAAAAACUGGGCAAACGAAUAAAUCCUGUUACAAGCAUUUA